AUGUCCUAUGCGCUCGAAACGAAGAAGCGAAAGUUCCAUCGUGUUCUAGAAUCCCUGACCAGACCUUUGAAUGGCGAAUCCUCCCCCAAACUGACCUCCGCGAGUUCGGCGCCUUCUCUUGAACAUGCACCGUCUGCUAAAAGGGCUCGAUUGAGCGGUCUGGGAGAUGGCGAUUUCCCCUCAGUUCGGAAAAAGACUUUUCAACCUGCUCGACCGAGCUCGAGUAACUCCUCUUCGUCCUUUUCGCCCCGACCUAGCUUCGUCCCUUGGGACCGCGACCGUUUUCUCGAGCGAUUGGAGACAUUUCGUCGGGUGGAUCGAUGGUCACCAAAACCGUCUGCAAUAAACGAGGUGGAAUGGGCUAAACGGGGCUGGGUUUGCUCGGAUGUAUCCCGGGUUACAUGUGCAGGGGGCUGUGGAGGUUCUGUUGUUGUGAAACUACCUGAUGAACUCGACGAAUUGGACGGCUAUGAUAGUGAAAAAAUACAGGAAAGAAAGGAAGUCCCUACUAUACAUCGCCUCCCGCUUGCAAACCCUGAUACUGCGAUUUCCGGGCUCCAGACACGCUAUUCACAUCUUCUUAAAAUGGCCGACAAACUACCCAGUUUGGUAGACUUGCAGCUUCCUGAACACUGGGAUCUACAAGCCAUCAUCUCUGUUCUACCACUAGAAGGAUUUCAGGGGCUUGAAUCGCAGGUAGAGACUACACCCACACAACCACCUGCUGGAGGUGAUGAAAGCCAGCAACGUGAACUGCAAACCUCUACCCAUCCUGAACCUGCAGUGAACGAAUCCGCUUUUGUUCUGGCAUUUUUUGGCUGGGAUUCUGUUGCAGAUGGAGCGGUCGGCUUGGCUGGCUGUGGUGCUUGUUUCCGGCGAUUAGGAUUAUGGAUGUACAAACCGAGGCAGGACGGUAAAUCUAGUGCUCACGAUCCACUAGACGUGGUCAACGAGCAUAUGGAAUAUUGUCCAUGGAUCAAUGGCAAAACUCAGAGCGGCACAGGAAAACCGUCUGAGAAGAUGGAGGGAUUGCGCAGUGGAUGGGAACUCUUGGCUCAGGGACUGAAAGUGAAGCACCUCCGGUAUAUCAGAUCGACGGAGCCCAUUGGCAGUCGUGCUGGCUCAGAAGCACCUUCCGUGGGUGAUUCGGUAGCUGAGGAGACAAGUGAUGAUACCAAAAAGGCGAAGGAUAGGGAAUGGUGGGCCAAGAUUCGGCGCAUGAGACAAAUGGACCUACGCCCGUCAUGGCUGAUGAAACCCAGCAAGCGCGCCGACUUAGAAGAGAAGCAGAAGAAGUUUUCUGUUUCCAGAAGUUCAGAAGCAACAAGACCAGUCAUGGACACCCCGGAGAAGAAUGGAAGUCGCGAUUCCCCCUCCGCAGCUGAUCCGAAUGGUAAUUCUGCAGAAAAGAAGCGAAGAGUGACGGAAGAUGAUGAUCGGUCAAGGCCUUCCACGGAUCGUCCAAUCUCUAAACGCAGGCGUGUCGAGGAACGGCAUCAAAAAUUGCGAAGACCUUAUUCUCGACGCGACGCAAAUGAUGUUACGCCUGUAUCCAGUCGAAAUGAAUCAUCGAAUAGAUCACCAUCCCCCCUUGUACCCAGGCGUUCCCCUACCCCUGAAGCACAGACACGACAGCGAAAACGACCGGGUGGCGGCGCGCGCAUGGGCCUGGUGGACCGCGAAACUAUCCGCCGGAGACAGGAAGAGAGAGAACGGGCUCAGGAGGAAGAUGCUAUGCGAGUCUCCCGGGAUCGCGGCGUGACCGAUAUUGUCCGUCAACACUACAAUGCCGUGCCCCAGCGAGGAAGGGAAUGGCGCAAAACCGAAAGUAAGAUCAAGGGUCUCCGGAGUUUCAAUAACUGGGUCAAGAGCACUCUCAUUCAAAAGUUCUCCCCAGAUGAGGAUUUCUUGUCCCGAUCUGUUGGCACCAAAGAAUGGGCUAAUGAUACCGCGCCGCCCGUAAUGGACGAGAAGAGACUCUUAGUCAUUGACUUGGGAUGCGGUAAAGGCGGAGAUUUGGGUAAAUGGCAACUGGCUCCUCAGCCUGUGGAUCUCUAUGUCGGUCUUGAUCCCGCUGAAAUCUCCAUUGCACAGGCGCGGGAUCGAUACAAUUCGAUGAGAAGUGGCCGUGGCCCCCGCGGACGCCGCGGACCCCUUUUCCAUGCAGAAUUUGCACCCAAAGAUUGCUUUGGCGAGUGGCUGGGCGACGUCGCUAUUGUGCAGCAAGUUGGCAUCAAUGCCAAUGCUGGGCCUGGAGGAUCUGCGAUGAGCUCCCGCUGGGGAGGGGGUGGUUUCGACGUUGUUGCUUCCAUGUUCACGAUUCAUUAUGCUUUUGAAAGCGAGGAGAAAACUCGACAGAUGCUCCGCAACGUGUCCGGGUGUUUGAAGAAGGGCGGCCGCUUUCUUGGAGUAUGCCCCAAUUCGGACAUGAUUAGUGCGCAAGUGGCAAAAUACCACACCGAACGAAAAGAGCGCGAAGCUGCGGCCAAGAAAGAGGAAGAAGAAGAAGAAGCGGGACCGGAGGAUGGUGAGGUGGAAGAAGAUGAUAAGAAGCUGGAAUGGGGCAACUCCAUCUACCGUGUUCGAUUCCCUGGUCAAACUCCCGAGGAUGGGAUUUUCCGGCCUCCUUUUGGGUGGAAAUACAGUUACUUUAUGGAGGAAGCUGUUGAGGAGGUUCCUGAGUAUGUUGUGCCGUGGGAAGCUUUUCGAGCGCUUACGGAAGAUUACAAUCUCGAGCUCCAAUACCGAAAGCCAUUCCUCGAGGUGUGGCAGGACGAAAAGGAUGAUUCGGAAAUGGGUCCUUUGAGCGAGCGAAUGGGGGUUCGGGAUCGAGCUACCGGCGGUCUUCAAAUGACGGAGGAAGAAAAAGAGGCAGCGAAUCGCCGGCGCCGCACCCCGGGUACGUCCUCCCGCAGCAACCCCAGACAACAACAACAACAACAACAACAACGCCAGCGAUCCCAAACCCCCCCCGUACCAGAAUACGAACCGCCCAUUGCGCCGCUCAACCAAGUCGGACAUGCCGCGCUGGUCUCGCUCUUGCGAUCGCAGACCCUGCGCCAGGUGAAGACACAUAUCCAGCAUGCGGAGCUGAAGCUCACCGACUCCGCGGGGGAAGUCAACGAGCGGUUCACGGAUGCGCGGGUGCGGUUUCAGAGGCGGAAGGACCGAGCGCGGAGUCAGUCGCGGGUGAAUAGGGAGGGAGAUGGAGAUGGAGAAGAGAAUGAGAAUAGGAAUCUGGAUGUUGAUGUUAAUGCGGGGGAAGACGAGUCGUCGGUGCUGGAUCGCUUAGAAGGCCAGGUUAGGAGUGUUACGGAGCGGCUGGAUGCUCAGAUGCGCAGGGCGAUUGAUUCCGAGGUCAGGGUUGAUGGGUUGGCGGAUAUCUUGAACAAGAUGGAGGCGGAGACGGAGCAGGAGAGGUUGGAUCGGACUCGGGCGAGCACGUUGGGUAUGGCUGGUGGGAGGCGGAAGCGGAAUACAAGAAGAGCUGCGAGGGAAGAAGAGGAGGAAGAAGAAGAAGAGGAAGAGGAAGAAGAAGAAGAAGAAGAGGGAGAGGACGAAGAUGAAGACUACGAAGCAUCCCUUUGUCGGAAGCUGGAUGAGAGACUAGCUGAGGACAGGGCCAAGUGGGAAGAGCUGACUUUGACUGAACGGUACUCGAAGAACAACAACUACAUCGGGUUUUACCGCAUCAUCCACGAAGCCAAACACCCCGGGGACGAUAUGCCGCCCGUUCCCCACGCCUCGACCUGGUUCGCUCACCUAGAGGACCCGACUGCGGCCUCGAGAAGGGCAUCGGGGGCCUCCGAUGGCCGUCGUACAGCGCGCCAGCGUCGCCGCAGCGCGUCGCCGGCUCAUUCAGACGACCUCGCCAUUGAACGCGAGCGUAUCUCGCUCCGCUGCCCGCUGACCCUGCUGCCGUUCCGUGACCCUGUCACGAGCACCAAAUGCCCGCACAGUUUCGAGCGCGAGGCGAUCAUGAGCAUGGUUACGCAAAGCUCCAUGACGGUUCCUGGUCUGGCGGAGGCUGGGAACGCACGGCCUCGUCGGCUGCGCGCGGUGAAAUGCCCUGUGUGCUCUGAAGUCCUGACGGUCAAUGACCUUCGUGAAGACCCAGUUCUACUACGGAGAGUCCGUCGCGCUGAAGCGGCCAUGCAGCGGGAUCGAGAAGAUGAUGAAGACCUUGGCUUUGAUGGAUCCCCCCGACAAAAUCGGUCCCGGGUUCGGCCAAGUGGGAUCACCGUGGCUAGUGAUGAUGAUGAUGAGGAGGAGGAGGAGGAUGGGCAUGGGCAUGGGCAUGGGGUGCGGAGGGCCGUAGUUAAGGGCGAGAUGGAUGUCGAUACCAAUGAUGACUACGUUUCUCAACAAGUGCGAAUCAAGCAGGAGAGGAUGUUGUCGCAAACAGUCACAGUCAACGAUGAUAUCGAGAUGGUAGAUGAAGAGGCUGAAGAGGAAGAGGAAGAGGACGAAGAAGAAGAAGAAGAAGAGUAA